AUGCAAACGCCAAGCGAGAGCCGCGGGGGCGGGGAUAGAAGCAGCAGCGACUGUGAAGUCGAGUCUCCGCGUGGAGUGGUUGACGCCGCCGUGCGGAGCGUUGCUGGUUCCGCAGACGACAUUGUGGGGUCAUCUGAUAUACUCCCCAGCGACGACGGAUUAAUAGGGAGCAUAGGCCGUACCAGCGGCUCCAGCUUUGACAGUACGAACGCGGCGUCCCCGUCUUUCCCGCGCGUCGUUGAAGUCGUGACCUUCGCGGAGCCCACGCCUCGCGACGACGUGCCCGGCAUGCGGCUGCAGCUACAGACGGCCUCCGACCCGCUGGGGCCGCGGUCCAUGGCUCUCGACGGGCUGUCUCGAUACGAACUGGUCGACGCGGUGAAGAAGCUCCAGGCGGACCACGAAAAUUACAGGCGCGAAGUGGCAUUCCAGAAGGACCUGCUGGCGUCGGUGGGGCAGGCCGUCAUCUGUACCGACCUCGCCGGCACCAUCACCUACUGGAACAAGGCGGCGGAGAUGAUGUACGGGUGGAACGAGGGCGAGGCGGUGGGGCGGCCGAUCAUGGAGGUGACGCCCGCGGACACGACAGUGCAGCAGGCAGAGGAAAUAUUCGGCGCGCUCAGCAAAGGGGAGGUGUGGACAGGCGAGUUCCUCGUCAGGCGCAGAGACGGCUCGCCCUUCCCCGCCAUGGUAACGGACACGCCGAUUCUGGACCCGGUGGGGCAGCUGGUGGGGGUGAUCGGCGUGUCGGCGGACAUCAGCGACCUGAAGCGUAAGGAGGGCGAGAUCCGCGCGCUCAACGCCGCGCUGGAGGAGCGCGUCGUGGAGCGCACGGAGCAGCUGCAGCGCAGUAACGAGGCGCUGCGGCGAGAGAUUGAGGAGCACCUGCGCGCGAGGGAGCACCUGCAGCGAUGCAUCGAGGACUUGGAGCAAUCUCGCAGCCGCAUAUCACAGCAGUCGGCGGUGCUGGAGCGCAUGGUGGCGGAGCUGCGCGAGGCGCGCACGGAGGCGGAGUCCGCGAAUCGCUUGAAGUCGCAGUUCCUGGCGUCUAUGAGCCACGAGAUCCGCACCCCCAUGAACGGCGUGCUGGGCAUGACGCGGCUGCUGCUGUCGACGCCGCUGUCGGAGGAGCAGCACGGGUUCGUGGACACGAUUCGCAGCAGCGGCGACGCGCUGCUGGCGAUCAUCAACGACAUUCUGGAUCUGAGCAAGAUCGAGGCGGGCGAGCUGGAGAUGGAGCACCGCGACUUCGACGUCACUGCGUGCGUCGAGGACAGCGUCAACCUGCUCGCGGUGCGAGCCAUGGAGAAGCGCAUAGAGCUGGUGAGCGAGGUGGACGAGAGCGUGCCGCGCGUGGUGAGGAGCGACGCCACGCGCCUGCGGCAGGUGCUCGUGAACAUCGUGUCCAACGCCACCAAGUUCACCCACCACGGGGACGUGCACGUCUCCGUCACCGCUCACUGCCUCGGGGACCGCCCCGACUUGCUCCAGCCCGCUGCUGCCUGCACGCCAGCACAGGGAGAGGUCUCGGAUGCCCGAGCAGACGGGCAGCAGGAGCAGCAGCAGGCGGGCCGCAGCAGUGGCAGCAGCAGCGGCGGGUGGGGCGGCCGGGGCCUGAGGGACACAGGGCGGGGCCUGGGGGCGGGCGAGGUGGAGCAGGCGCUAUCUGCGGGGUACCGGUGGCACCGCGUGGUGGUGAGCGUGCGCGACACGGGCAUCGGGAUCUCCGCGGACCGCCACGACCGGCUGUUCAAGCCCUUCUCGCAGGUGGACGCGUCCACGACACGGCAGUAUGGCGGCACGGGGCUGGGGCUGGCCAUCUCGCAGCAGCUGGUGGAGCUCAUGGGCGGCCGCAUCUGGGCGGAGAGCGCCGGGCUGGGCCACGGCGCCACCUUCUCCUUCUACAUCACCGCGCUCGCACUGCCCGUCCGCCCGCCCUGCAUCCCGCGUGGGGUGUCUGUGGGGGGACCUGUGGGCUUGCCUAUUGGGGGACGUAUGGGGCGGGCUGUGGGGGCCAUGGUGGAUGCUGACCUCUCUGAGGCCAUGCCUGACCAGCACGCACGUGAACCGGACUCCACCCCUCCCAAGCUGCUCUUUGGCCGUGCCGCCACGGCCAGCAGGGCCACCAGCAUCAGCACCCACACGAACACGGACACGGACAUGAGCAGCAGCGGCACGGGUGGGGAACAGUGGGGGCGCGACUCCUCAACCGCCCUCCGCCCCGCACGGCGCUUCGUCCGCAGUGCGUCCGUGCCCGCGCUCGGGCGGCCUCCCUGCGUGGCGGCGUGGCUCAUCGACUCGGGCAAGCGCCGCCGCGUGGAGGGCGCGCUGGGGGAGGCGGGCGUGCGCGCACUGGGGGGCGCGCGGGGGGAGGGGGAGGUGGGCGCGCUGGAGGUGGGGCUGAGGCGGGUGGAGCUGGUGGGGGCGGGUGGCGCGGGUGGGGGAGAGCAUGGCGCGUGGGUGGUGAGUGUGGCGCAUGGGCAGGGAGGUGGAGUUGGCGCAGAGAUGCUGCCACAGGCCACGGAGGACGGGCAGCAGCAGCAGCAGCAGCAGAGGCGGCGUAGUGUGGAUUUCGUCUCCCAGGCUCAUGUGCGUGCUUAUGGGGAUGCUGGCGGCAGCCAGCUGGCAGAGCCACCAGCGUGGGUGGCGGCGUGGAACGAGACAGCCGCCCGGUGCAGCGGGCGGCAGGUGAUGGUGGUGGUGGCGCACGCAGCGACACGUGGCAUGCUGACGAGGCACCUGCAUGGGCUGGGCAUGCGCGUGAGCGCGGUGGCCGGGGGGCACGAGGCUGACACGCUGCUGCUGGCGCAGAGGGUUGGGGGAGGUGGGGAGGAGCGGGGGGACAGCAUGAAAGGGGAUGGCAGAAGCGGGGAGACAGGUAUGGGGGAGGUGGAGGGGGAACGGAUGCGGGGAGGGCAAGAGAACGGGGAGCGGAGGGACGAGAGCAUGGGAGAGGAGCAGCAAGGGUGCAGAUGCGAGAGGCUGUGUGGGGGAUUUGAUUUGAUUGUGGUGGAUUCACGGCUGGAGUGGCUGCCAGCUCAGCACUGCAGCAGCAGGCAGGCGGGGGAGUGUGGCGGCGGGCAGUGCUGCAGCAGGCGGGGCGGCGAGGGCGAGAGAGGGGGCAUGAAGGUGGUGCUGCUGACGCCCUACUCCGGCAACGUGCAGCUGCCCCACCUACCAGGAGUGCAGGUGGCGGCGCUGCCCCGACCAGUGCGCCAGAUCGCCCUCAACCGCCUCCUCUCCGCGCUCUUCCCCCCGACACUACCCCGAUUCCCAUCCCGCCCCCCUCUUCCUGCCAACUCUGCCUCCUCCGAGCCUGCCACCCAACCUGUUGCCGAGCCUAGCAGCAUGGUUGAAGAAGAGGCGCCAGAGGGGGAGUGCACUAAGGGAGGGGCGGCUGGUGCAGUGAAGGGGGUGAGGCCAGGCGGAGCCAAGGCGGUGGCGGAUGGGGCGGUGAGAGGGGCAGGUGGAGCAGGGAAGUGCGGAGCGGAGCGAGCGGGGUUCAGAGUGGGCCUGGCGGAGGCACACCCCCUCCGCAUACUGCUUGCGUACGUGCCAUGGUGCCCUGGCAGCAAGAGGUUGAUGGCGGCACUUGCCAGUGCACUUCAUUAUUCCGCACCUCUGCUACUCCCUCUCCCUCCCUCCUCUCUCAUCUCUCCCUCUCCCUCUCUUCCUCUCUCCUCUAUCCUCUCCCUCUCUUCCUCUCUCCACUCUCCCUCUGCCUGUCGCCCCACAACCGGUGUGCGUGCAUGGCAUGCGAGCAGGGAGGACAACGUGGUGAAUCAGAAGGUGGCAACCAAGAUGCUGGCGCGCAUGGGGUACGACUGCACCGUCGCCAACAACGGCCACGAGGCCAUCCACCGCCUGCAGGCGCACCCCUUCGACCUUGUGCUCAUGGACGUGCAGGUCAGUGGUUCAAUGCGGUGCAGGUGUGCUCAUGGACGUGCAGGUGUGCUCAUGGACGUGCAGGUGAGUCGUUCAAUGCGGUGCAGGUGUGCUCAUGGACGUGCAGGUGUGCUCAUGGACGUGCAGGUGAGUCGUUCAAUGCGGUGCUGGUGUGCUCAUGGACGUGCAGGUGUGCUCAUGGACGUGCAGGUGAGUCGUUCAAUGCGGUGCUGGUGUGCUCAUGGACGUGCAGGUGUGCUCAUGGACGUGCAGGUGAGUCGUUCAAUGCGGUGCAGGUGUGCUCAUGGACGUGCAGGUGAGUCGUUCAAUGCGGUGCAGAUGCCAGUGCGCAUGGCAAUAUCAGGCACCUCAAUUCAAUCGUCCCAUCGUCCUCCCCUCGUCCCCUGCCAGAUGCCAGAGCUGGACGGCAUAGAGGCCACGCGGCGCAUCGUGGCGCACUGGCCGCUGUGGCGCCCCGCCUGCCCGCGCCCGCCCAUCUUCGCCCUCACGGCCAACGUGCUGGAGACGGACCGCGUGCGGUGCCUGGCGGCGGGCAUGGAGGGCUUUAUUGCCAAGCCCAUCCAUGUCAACGACCUCAUCCGCGCCGUUGAGUUCGGCAGUUCCCGCCGCCGCCAGCAGGAGCAGCAACAACAGCAGCAGGAGGGGAAGGAGCAGGGAGAGAGCUAA